GCGAUCACCUGGUCCUGGUGUAGAUGAGACUCGCGCCUUGGUCAGUCUGCGGACUGGGAGGUGGAUGAGAGAGCUAUUGCGGUCAUGUGGACCGCCAGGAGGUCUGGCUUGGCCUGUUUCGCGAAGCGGCGGCUUGCGUCGAAUUCUGGACUCCUUCGCGUGGUGAAGACACACAAUUCAGUCGAAGCUCUAAAGCACAGAGAUCCACCCAACGCGGAUCUGCUCAUAGAGGACCAAGACGUGCUCGCUCCGGAACCACAUCAUGUAAACAAAGUGGGGAGGAUCGCUCGAAUCCUAUUAUGUGAUGAAGAGAGACUCCAGUCGAUACUCAAAGAGUAUCCAGAAAUCACAGAGAAACCUGCCUCGCGACUCGAGUGGACCGCGCGGAUCCUCAGGUCGAACUACCCUGUAGAUAGAAUCCUCAGAUUCCCAUCGGUUCUGAACCUCUCGUGGCGACUAGUGGAGAACCGUCGCGAGGUCCUCAAUGAAAUAGGCUUCCAAAAUAUCGACCCCGUUCCUGCUCUUGUUCUGUUCGACGAGCUCUGUGAGAUGUCACUAUUCGAGCUGAACAGACGGAAAUUCAUAUCCGCCCCGAAUCUCCUAGCCAGAAUGGUGUCCUGCAUCGAGAAUCCCAGCCCCGGCCUCGAGUCGCAUCUGAAUUCCAAACUCAAAGGUCCAGGGGCUCUAACGCUCACUCUGGCAGCGUAUCGAUUCGCGCUUGUUCAGGAGUAUCUGAGCUUUUCUAUCGGAGAUCUCAACAUAACAGAUUCGAAACUUAAAAUGAUAGCGAAACAAAGCAUCGGUCUGCUCAGUUCUCGAGUGAAUAUCCUGCUGAAUGACUUGCAGCUGGACAAGGCCUUCCUCAAAUCUCAACCAAACUUAUUCCUAGUGAAUACCCACAAUCUUCGGGACAUCGUUGAUAGGUGUAAAACCUUAAACAAUGUCGCGCUCCGGAACUUGGUUAUGAGAAAUCCGAAAAUCCUGGCUAUGAGUGCUGAAAGGCUCUGCGAAUUAGAAGACAUACUGCAUGCUCGGCGCGUCAAGCCAGAGCUCUUGGAACACUUUCCUGAAAUUUAUAACAUCAAUCCGCAGUACCUCGCAACGCCAGCCAACAAAGACUACGGAAGCCUGGCCGAGAAUGACACAGAUAUCUCGAUGCGAGGUAUGCAUUUCCAAGAUAUCCUGCAACGAAUCGCGCUCUACAAGGUGCGCCGUAGGACUAGGAGUCGGCGAGACUCUGAGCUGGAGAUCGACUUAGUGUGGAGUAACAAGAUGGACCAGGUUGUGGGAUCCAUCACUCGACACUUCGUCAGUACGAACUCCGUCGCUGAAACGACAAAGUUCCUUCUGGACGAGAAUAUUCUCAAUAGAGACCAGAUUAUUUGCGAGCCAUCCAUCUGCCUGCGAAGCAAGGAUGCUAUCGCAAAAGGCUGGGAUCUGAUGCCCAAAGAUCUUUACGAGCGUGAACUUGGACCCGACUGGAGAAAUAACAUCUUCUUAGGCGAGAUGCUGAUUUACGAAAUGGAGAAUAAUGGUCUCACCACGUUCCAUAAAAUACGGCAAGGCUCGACGUCAGACGAUGAGAGCGAAGCGGGAUCAGCCGAUCAGACUUCAGACAGCGCUCCGGGGCAGGAAGAGUAUUCAGAUGACAAGCUGGCCAGUGAUGUCGAGAUAGAAAGCGAUGAGAAGGAAUCGGAUACUUAGCGGGAUGAGAAGAGAAAGAAUACGGCCCGGCCGCGAAGGAGCACGGAGCUCAUCGACGAACCGGAAGCAGGACUCUCGGAGCAGUACGGUCCGGUCAAUGUCAACGGGCGGUGGAUUGGUUCGGAGUCCGGAUCGAAUCGAGCUAUCAUCACGCCUCCUGCUUGUUUUUGUCUAUAUGUUUUUCCUCCGAGGAAAAACCUGUACAAAGAUAGAUGAUCCAUUUGUUGUAGAGAGGGAAUAAACCGAAGUUUCCUCCUCUC